CGAGAAUCAUUGAAUCCACUCUCUCCACCAACUCACCAUUUCCAAAAUCUGAAAUUUCAGAGUAGGGUUUUCUCAAUCUCCAUGGCUUCGUCCUCAGCUCCAAACGAUGUCUCCGUACACCAACUCGACAAAGAGAAAAACAUAUACCUCAAGAUCACGAAAACAGUGGCCUGCAAGGUUAAACUAUCUGAAACGGUUAAAAAUUUGAAAGAAUUAUUGCGAGAGAAGGGUGUUGCUUCCGAAGAAAUACAGCAUCUUUUCUUUGCUGGCAAUCGGCUUGAGGACAGUGGAAGGCUGGUUGAUCAUGGUGUUCAGAUGAACUCCACCCUUAAUCUCAUUGUCCAGGAUUUUGUUGGGAUCAAAUUAAUUGUUGAGAUACCAUCAGGUCAGAGAACCAUUGUCGUCGAAGCAAGGGCUAAUGAUACUGUCCAAAAUGUCAAAUCCCUGAUUGAAGUCAAGGAGGGACUCCAUUCAGAUCAAUUCAUGCUUGUCUUUAAUGGAGAAAUUUUGGACAAGGAUAGGACCCUAACAUCACUGGGUGUAUAUAAUGAGGCAACCCUUCAUCUGGUUUUCUGUCAAAAGGAUAUGGUGUCGAUCCUUGUGAACGCAGAUAACCUUACGGUGAAACUCCAAGUUAAAGUUAUGUUCACCAUUGGUGACGUCAAAGCAAUUGCCGCAAGAAUGUUAGGGGUCUCAGCUGGUGAUUUGAUGUAUGCAGGAAAGAAACUUGAAGACUUGGACACCUUGGCAAGUUAUAACAUCAAAGAUGAAUCUGUCCUAGAGAUGGUGCAUUCUAAAUUUCAGGUCUUUGUUAAAACCUGGGGUGGGAAAACCUUGAUUCUUGAUGUUUAUGGAUCCUCUACUGUCAUUGAUGUGAAGGAGAUGAUUUUUCAGAAGCUGAAGUUUCCUGUCUAUCUUCAAAGUAUUACUUAUGCAGGAAAACGACUUGAAAACGAGAAGGAUCUGAAAAGUUAUAACAUCCAUAGGCACUGCACCCUUCAAAUGGUCCUUGCACCCUCUUCGAGAUUCCUUCAUGUGACAGUAUCUGCGCUCUUUCUAUCUGUAACAGACUUAACAACCAUUCGCACUUUGAAGAGGCUGCUCAACCUAAAGGGAUAUCCUGUGAAAGAAGUAAUAUUGAACAAGGUGGCGUUGUGUGAUGAGUGUACUUUGGGUUAUUAUGGAAUCAAGAAGAAUUCCAAGGUGGUGUUGUGUCUUGAAUAUAUCUCAGGCAAUUUGGAGCAGAGGAAAACACAGGGUAUUUAAGAUGGUUUCUGUUCUUGACUUUCGUGGUGAUUUCAUUUGAGUAUAUAUGAUGAGUUUUGCUUUUGUAACAGAGCAGUAUUUAGCUCAGACAGUGUAGAAAGGCCUCUAGGUCCAGUUGUUUCUA